AUGGACACAGGAAUGGGCCUUUUUGCAGGCCUGUCCAUGUCACCAUCCAAAUCACCUGAGAAAAAGCCAGCUCCUCCUCAGUCGGAUGCUCCGCCAUCGCCGCCUUCGUCACAGGUCUUUGAUUCGGUAGGCAGUGAAGAUUCUACACCAAAAGCAAAUUCGAAAUCAAAAGUGUCGCUGGAAGGAGGAGAGGACGCACCACCUGCAGUUCCCAUUUCACCUCACAGUUCGGAUGCCGCCGAUCAUGGACCAUUGCAACAGUCUCCGGCCACUGACAAGCUUUUGGGAAUCCUUGGAGGCGGCGGCAAUGACACUCGGAGUAGCGUGAAUAGUGCUUCUUCACAAAAUUCGUCGUCCAGACCUGGUUUGUCCAAGAGUGACGCCAAGAAAAAGAUUUUUGUGGCUCCUAAUUUGGAGAAAAAGGAUGGGAAGAAACAUAUCUUUGUUCCUCCCGAGUUGGAACGUAAGAACGGAGACCGUCAUCUCGCGGUAGCCACGGAAGAUUCGGAAGAUGAAGCGGAUACAAAAGAGGCGCCAAAGAAGAAACCAGAAAAGCCCAAAAUGGAUGCCGAAACCUUGGCUGCCUUUUCCGAAGAUGCCACUCCUCUCGGCAAAAAGGGCGACAAUGCCAAACAACCCCCUGCUUCGACUCCAUCCUCCGUCGUUUCUUCGUCCAUGCGCGGUGUGGGAGUGGUGCAUCCGGAUACCCCCAUUCCCAAUUCCAUUGUAGCCUUGAGACUACUCCAGAAGUUUGCCGACAAGACCCGCCCUUGGGUCUCGGCUACUCAUGGAGGAACCCAACGACGUCCCAUUAUGGCCUUUGUGUUUGGAAUGCCCAGCGAAUACAAUCGUCGGUUUGAUGCCUAUCGGGAAUUGAUUCUCCAGAUUGUUGGAGAGGACGAUAACAGUGAUGAGGAAGAAGAAGAUGAUAUCGAUCAGGAUACCAAGGCCAAUUUGAUCAUUGCCCGCUUUUGUCACUUGAUUUCCACUUGGGGUCAUGCGAGUGCCCAUAUGGCCGAAGCCGAAAAGAAUAGUCAGUAUCAAGCCUUUUGCGAUAUCUUGGCGGUGGGAUUGGAUACGGCCACGGCGUUGGUGUCCCACGGAUGUUUGGAUGGUGUCUUGAUUGGGAUUGGGACCAAUCAAAGCGAGUAUCACAAGGCGGUGGAUUUCUUGGCCGAAUCUGUCUUUGCCAGUGAUUUGUCCAAAAGUCGAAACGAAUUGUCGGCCAUGAAAUUCUUGCUGUCGACGGGAUGUCGGGUGGGAGUCAAUGGAGAAGCCAUGUUGCGGGGGACCCAUCUCUUGCAAACAGUCAGAGUCCUCUAUCAUGUGUACCUUUCCACCUUUUCGAGUUCCAACAAAACAACGGCUAGGGCUUCUCUCCAGCAAUUGGUCACUUCGGUAUUCAUUCGAAUGAUUGCAUCGACGCGGUCCUUGCACAAUGCUACCCAGACUUCCAACCAGCCACCUCCAGCGUCGUUGACUUCGACUGACGGAUUGCAUACUCCGCACAAGGGAGGUGCCGGUAUAGGAGACGACGGUGCUUUUCCCACCCAGGAUCACCGAGAUGCCUUUUUGUUGUUGCGAUCCUUGUGCAAACUCAGUAUGCGGACGCCACCAGGUGGCAAGUUGCACAGUCACAUUGGAUUGCAAGCAAGUGGGAGUAACUCCAUGUGGGAUACCUCGCGCACAGGAACUAGCGAUUCGAAUGGAAUCAGCAACAGCAGCAGCAGCAGCACCAAAAACACACCCAAAAAGAAACCAAAGGUCGAUGGCAAGUCAUCCGAUUUCGACAAGGAUGCUCUGCGUCUGGUAUCGACUCAAGCGAUUCACCCGGCGUUGGAAUCCAAGAUUUUGGCCUUGCAAUUGAUGCUCUACGUCCUUCAAAAUACCGACAUGAAGGGAUCCUUCCUGCAGCAGUGUGGACCACAAUUUCACUAUGCCAUUCGCAACUAUCUUUGUGCCUCGCUGCUCAAGAAUUGCACGUCAGACAAUGUCCAAGUGGUCAAUCUUUCUUUGCGAGUAUUUGUUCCUAUCAUUCACAACUUUCGAUCGAUUCUCAAGGAGGAAAUUGAAGCCUUUGUGACCAAUGUCUUUUUUGUCAUUUUGGAUUCACCCAAUUCCCCCAUUGAACACAAGAGUUUGGUGGUAACGCUUUUUGAUGAGAUAUGUUCGGAUCCCACCACACUGGCCGAGAUCUUUUUGAACUACGAUUGCGAUCUUAGUGCGGUCGACCUCUUUCACAGAAUUGUCAAUACUCUUUCAAAGGUUGCACGAACGACAGAAGUCCAAGAUGAUACAGUUUCUUCAACUUUCUCUUUGGAUUUGUCUGGUGCAGAGGCAGCACGAAUGGAAAAGAUUCGAAGUGCGAAUCGAGAGUUGAGAUUGGACGCCAUGAAGGCUCUGCGGCAAGUUUUGGCUAGUCUUCACGCGAGUAUUACCGAGCCAAUGGUUCCAGAAGACGAAGUUGCUACGAAUUUGGGAGACAAGCUGAACGCAGUUGCUGACAAAAAUGGUUCAGAAUCUCAUAAGGAUCCUUCGAACUCAAACGACGACGACCCCGAGAAGAAGUCUUUGGUCCAGAUUUACGAUUCGAAAAAGAAGCGUCGGGCCGAGGAAUCAGAGGUCAUCCUUCGGUUCAACCAAAAGCCUUCGGCUGGAAUUUCCUACGCUGCCAAGUGCGGUCAUUUGGACGGCACUGAUGCCGAGGAAGUUGCCAGAUGGCUGUUACAGAACAAGGACACUAUGGAGAAGACAAUGAUUGGAGAAUAUCUGGGGCGAGAGCCUGAAUACCAAGAGGGAUUCUCUUUGAAGGUACUUAUUGCAUACGUCAACAGUAUGGAUUUUGAUGGACUUAGCUUCGACGAUGCUAUUCGUUUCUACUUGAGUGGGUUUCGUUUGCCAGGGGAAGCCCAAAAGAUUGACCGUAUCAUGGAAAAAUUUGCUGAAAGGUAUACGUCGCAGAAUCCAGACGUUUUCCCCACUCCGGACGUGGCAUUCAUCCUGGCUUUUUCCAUUAUUAUGCUGAACACCGAUCUUCAUAACCCUGCAAUCAAGGAAGAGAGAAGGAUGACGAAAGAAGGCUUCGUCCGAAACAACCGUGGUAUUUGCGAUGGACAAGACUUGCCACAUGAGCUGCUGCAUGGCAUUUUUGACAGAAUUAAGAGCAAUCCAAUCAGUCUGAAGGAAGACGACGAAGCGAGAGAAAGAGUUGGCGGGACCCAGAGUUCCUCCGCAUCAUCCAUCACUACGGGUCUUCCUUCUGCUCUUAGCCCAGCUGUUUUCUUCACUAGCCACUACGACGAGAUGGAAAAGACAAAAGAAAGCAAUUUUGACAAAGAAAGGGAUCAAAUUGUUCGCACCACGGAGUUUCUACUAAAGCGCCGACGCCAUGGAAACAACGAGGGUACAAAAUCAGCCCGAAAGACAAAUCGGCAAAACACUCGCAGUCAUCACCAUGUGAGAUACGUUCGAACUGUCGAUAGUGGUCUGAGAGAUGAAUAUGUAUCUCCCAUGUUUGAGGUUGCUUGGGGACCUUCUCUUGCCGCCUUUUCCACUGCAAUGGAGUCAGCGAAUGGGACACUGGGUGCUCUUUUCACGAUUGCCUCUGAUGAGGAGCUACAGCAAGCCGCCGAAAAUGCUGCAGAAACGAUUGAAGUAUGUCUGACAGGGUUCCGGUUCGCAGUCUGCACUGCAGGCUUAUGUGGGAACGAAGUUGCCCGUGACGCUUUUGUUUUGGCACUGGCUCGAUUUUCGCAACUGGGAACUGGAAUCUUACUGGAACCGAGACACGUCCGAUGUAUGCAGACAAUGUUGGGUCUUGCACGGUCCGAUGGGGAGCUAUUGGGAAGUAGUUGGGAGCACAUAUUUAAGUCAUUGAGUGAGAUCAAUCGAUUCCACCAGUUGUUUCAGCUACUGGCUAGGAACGACAAGAAAAGUGCCGAGGCAGCGGCGAGACGAAGAAAAAAGCUGCUUGCACGCGAGAGACGGCAUCAAGAGAGGGAAGCGAGAAGAGCCGCAAACGAAGCAAGUGAUACAUUGGUCGAAGAAUUCAGUGACGACGAAAGUACGGACGACGAAUAUUCAAUUGGAGAUGACUUGUUCUCCGAUUCCGAAUUGGACUUCAGUGAUGAAAUGGACAAGAAAGAAAUUGACGAAGCAAACGCUCGCACUGUUUAUGAAGGGAUAUCAGAAGCCCUAAUCGAGGCAAUUUACGAGAGAUCAGCAUCGUUAAGCACCGAAGGAGUUAAGGAAUUCGUUCUGCAACUCUGUCGUGUUUCAAGGAUGGAGAUCUCGCACUAUGGCGGCCAAGUUGGAAGCAAUGCGAACCAAGUGAACCUCACUCAGGUGCAUUACCGCCAGCACCAUACACUGCUCCAAAACAGCGAAAGUGAAGGGUUCCAUCAUACCCAACCGAAUAUCUAUAACCUUCAAAAGCUCGUUGAAGCAACCCAUUACAACAUGGAUUCGAGACCGCGAUUGGUUUUCGCCGACAUUUGGACUACAGUUUCCGCUCAUUUGACAAGUACGGCUCUUCAUUCUAACCCAGCUGUUGCAAUGUAUGCUGUUGAUUCUUUCCGGCAGCUGAGUAUCCAAUAUCUACGAAGGGAAGAAUCAGGUUCAUUUGAGUUCCAGAGGCGAUUUUUGAAGCCCCUCGAAGCUGUUAUGGCUCGCAGUCAGCUAGCAACGACAAAAGAACUCCUGCUGAAGUGCGUAGAACGACUUAUCCUCAUGUUUGGAAAUGCGGAUGGAAAUGGAAAAGGUGGAAUGCUUCGGAGUGGGUGGAGACCCGUCCUCACGGUGCUUGGUCUAGCUGGAAGAGAUCAAGAUGAAGAUAUUGCGAAACUUGGAUUUGAAAUGCUUACAGCUCAGCUCCAGCCUUGUCUGGCCCCUCAAAAGGGAACUGGAAAAGAGAAGUCGCAGCCAGGCGUCUUGCUUGCCGAAAGAUUCGUUGACAUCAUUGAUGCAGUCUUAAUUUACGUUGGAGGGCCUCAUGAAGAAAUGGGACUCAAGUCAAUUGACAACCUUCUCCUGCUAUCCAAGUUCUUGGCAGACGAUUCAUUUGCUCUACCUUUGAUAAAAAAUCGUCAUGCGGUCGAGGAAGAGUCGAAGAAUGACGACCGUGGAAUGAAUCUGGAGCUGGAGCUCUGGUGGCCGAUUCUACUCGGCAUUUCCAAGAGUGUUGGAGAUGAACGAAAGCAACUUCGCCGAAAGAGUUUAAGUGCACUUAUGGAAAUCAUCAACACAUACUUUGUCCCUUCUGAAGAGGAAGUGCAUGACGACGAAAGCGACGAUCGGCGGUUGCAAACCCUGCAGCUCAUCUUCAGAGGAAUUCUAACGCCGGUGCUCGAAUUCGGAGACGUGGGCCCUGGAGAAGCUCGGGAGCCUGAGGUGCCUACAGACUUUGACCGAUUCAUAACGGGUGCGAAAGAAACGCCGAAAGACCCCGACAAUCUUGGUCCAAAACAUUUCUGGCUCGAUUCUACAUUCGAUCAAUUUAUGGAUGGAUGCAUUGGACUUUGUCUGAGGUCAAUCAAGGUGUUUGGCGAGGACACCCUCGUAGAAGAAAUCUUCGCCAUGCUGAAUACAUGUCUCUUAUCUGACUCGGGCUGCCUUGCGGUACAUGGACUACGUCGGCUGGAGCAGUUUGUGACAAGCGAUUUGAAAGACGUUACGGAUGACACUUGGGGAACUGUAGCCCAUAUGCUUCGACGAUGCCUUGCGGUGAGAGGGCUGCCGAAACAGCCCGCUAGUAGCAGCAAAGAUGACAGCGCUGACGGUGACGGAGGGGAGGAGAAUCCUGCUUUGGCUUACAAAGAAGCCAUUCGUGAAUUUGUUAUGGAAGAGAAUAUGCUAUCGGACCGCAGGUAUAUUGGGUGUCAUGCAAUUUUCGUUAUCGGUACCUUUCUUGAGGGAGAACGCUUUACCCCGACGCUAAGCCUUCGAUGGCGUCUCUUCCUUGUUACUGGUCUUGGGAAAGCAAUUCAAGAUUGGGAAAAGGCAGCAUCAAUUAUUUCAGAAAAUAGCGCAAAGGCAACUACUCGCAGCACCAAUCCACCAAACUACUUGGAAACUGCAUUCUAUGGUCGCAACUGGAUGAAUCGAUUCUUACUUCACGUAGCAGCUAUGAAAGAAGUGGAAACGACGGAAACGAAAGCACAGGCAGCUGCUCAGGCCCUUGUCAAGGAUCAGACCCAGUCGUUGGUAAAUGGCUUUUUGGAAAAGGAAGCCUUCCUUGGACAUGCAGAGAAGAAAUCUUCCUUGGAUUUGGAAAUCUUCGAUCGCCUUACGGGCUUGGUGAAGGACAUUUUGGCAGGUUAUGCCCAGCUACCGGAUGAGCACUUGGUAUUGAUGGCUUGGCUGAACCCUGUUCUCAGCCUUUGCAUUCACACUAGCAAUGAACAAAUACGUAUUGCUAUUCAAAAAUUGGUCAAACGACUCCAUGCUGAGCACCUCGCUGAUGAUGAAGUCUGA